GUCCUUGAAUUUCUUCCUCCUUCCCCCAACUACACACACACAACACACACCCUUUCUCUCUCACACUAGCUAGGCUAGCUAGCAUUGUGUUAAAACCCAGACCAAGAUUUGUAGUAGCCGAAUUACUACAUAUCAUCUUUCUAAUAAUAACCAUCCUCCCUCAUGUCAAAAAGAUUCAAGAUUUCUUUUGAGUACUAAAUGAUGAAAAAGAAAUGAGAAGAAGCAAAUCUUAGCCAAACAGCCCAACAAGAUUUUCUUUGUUAGAAAAUUAUUACAAGAUGAGAAAACAUGGCUGGCAACUUCCUUACCAUCCUCUUCAGGUGGUGGCAGUUUCUGUGUUUUUGGCUUUGGGAUUUGCUUUUUAUGUGUUCUUUGCACCUUUUGUUGGGAAAAAGAUGCAUCAAUAUAUUGUGAUGGGAAUCUACACUCCUAUUAUUAUUUGUGCAUUCGGCCUGUAUAUUUGGUGUGCUGCUGCUGAUCCAGCAGAUGCAGGAGUUUUCAAGUCUAGAAAGUAUGGUAAAACCACAUGCAACAAAAGAGAUGUUAAAAAGGAAGGAUCCAAACUUGGUGGCGAAUCAAUGUCAUCAAGACAAGAUCCAACUGCUGCGAAUCUUAUAGCGAAAUCUCCAAGUCAUGAAAGAAUGAGCGCAGAUUCAAAAACUGAAACAAACUCAACAUCACCAUCUUGUAUUAUGGCUAUUUUGGCUCUCGUUCCUUGUGCUCUCAUAUGCCAUUGCUCCAGUCCAGAUGAAGGGUCUUCAGAGCUCCAAACAAGUGAGGAUGGCAUGUUCUACUGCAAUCUAUGUGAAGUUGAGGUUUACAAGUAUAGCAAGCACUGCAGAGUCUGUGACAAAUGUGUUGAUCGAUUUGAUCAUCACUGCAGGUGGCUGAAUAAUUGUAUUGGCAAAAGGAACUAUAAAAAGUUCUUCGCCCUUAUGGUCUCUGCUCUUCUCCUGCUUAUACAUCAAUGGUCGACUGGGAUUGUUGUAUUGAUACGCUUAAUUGCCGAGCACAAACAAUUCACAGCUGAUAUAUCUUCCAAGUUAGGAAGCAGUUUCACAUUAGCACCUUACGUCACAGUUGUGGUAGUCUGCACGAUUUUGGCCAUGGUUGCAACUCUGCCACUAGUUCAGCUCUUCUUUUUCCACAUUCUUCUCAUAAAGAAAGGAAUUAGCACAUAUGAUUAUAUCAUAGCAUUAAGGGAGCAGGAGCAUCAAGCAUUUGAGGGGCCACAAAGUCCUCAAAUGUCACCAGCUAGCUCACUCACAGGUUUCAGCAGUGUUAGCUCCUUCAACAAUACUUUUAGACAAGGAGCUUGGUGCACUCCUCCACGGAUGUUUGUUGAAGAUCAGUAUGAUGUAGUUCCACCAGAGACCAGCUCAGUUAGCUCAGUAGGGAAAAAGACUAAAGAUGAUCCUAUCAAGAAAAAGAACCCAACAGCUGUUAAGAUUAGCCCCUGGACGUUGGCUCGUUUAAAUGCAGAUGAGGUUUCAAAAGCCGCCGCAGAGGCAAGAAAGAAGUCCAAAAUUCUGCAGCCUGUGUCAAGGAAAGAAGCUGGACAAAGAGGUUCUCAUGAAGUCGAAAAAGAUAGAAGCUCCGGGAAAAGUGACCGUUGGGUGCCCUCAAACCUCAGCAAUAAUCAAAGACUAGGAAGCAAUCGGAUCCGUAUUCCAGAUAUAAAAAAUAUGAGCAACACCAGGAAUGAUAGUGUGACAAACAGGAGUUUGUCAAGUUUGGUACCUUUGCAGCUUGAAGCUCGUUCUGCAUUCAGAGCCAUGGGUUCAUCUCCAGACAGUAGCUUGGACUCCCCUGAUGUUAACCCAUUCAUGGUUUCUUCAGGAGCAGAAGAGAGUGGUAACCAUACAGAUAUUCCCGUCUCUGGUGGACUUGAGAAGCAGGGAAUCAUGUCACUGACAGGAUCAAUGAGUGAUGGGUAUGAUGCCUCCGGUGGGGAAGAUAGUGAUAGGGUCCCGUCACGGUUGGUGCAAAGGUCUGGACACUCAAGUGCACGACUAUUUGAUGCUGAUCAGGAUGAUAGGAUGGCUAGAUUGAAUAUGCCUUCAUCGUCAAGAUUUAGCUACUCACAUGAAAGAAAUAGUUGAUCUAAUUUUUAUAUCUUUUAGCUUUAGUUUCUCUUUUCUUUUUUGAAGGGAGGGGAGAGUUACGUAUGAUUGUAUUUUUCUUCUACAUAGGUAGUAUGUUCUCGGUAUUUUCCAUUAUAUUUCUUAGUGUUACUUGUUUGAAAGUAAAAUCUAGAGUACCGAACCCAUGCUUUUGUAAGUUGCAUUAAAUGGAUGGUGCAAAGCUCAUAAAGAACAGGUGAUCUGAAACCAUUUGCAUCAAAAAGA